AUGAAGUACUCUCUCGCUGCUGCCGCCCUUGCGGCCACUUCCUACGCCGCGCCCUUGGAGGCACGCCAGGCCGCCCCAACCGAUGCCCAGAUCCUCAACUACGCGCUGACUCUGGAGCACCUCGAGAAUGCUUUCUACCAGGCGGGAUUGAAGAACUUCACCUCGCAGGACUUCUGCAACGCUGGGGCUGAGGAGAACUUCUACGCCAACCUGAAGGAGAUUAGCAAAGAUGAGAUGAGCCACGUUGCUUUCCUCUCCGGCGCUCUUGGUGGUAUGUCUCAUACUUCAGUUCGUUACCUGAUGGUUUUGUCGCUAACAAACACUUUCCACAGCCGGCGCUGUCCAGCCAUCCACCUACGACUUCGGCGUCACUGAUGCGGCUUCUUUCUUGGCCGUCGCCAAUGUCCUCGAGGGUGUCGGUGUCAGCGCCUACCUCGGUGCCGCCCGCUACAUCAUGAACAAGGACUACCUCACCGCAGCGGCUUCCAUCUUGACCGUCGAGUCCCGUCACUCCGCAUACAUUCGUCUGAACCAGAACCCAGCCCAGUCCCCCUUCCCUUACGCAUACGACACUCCACUCGACUUCGACGAGGUUUACUCGCUCGCCGCCCAAUUCAUCACCUCCAUGCCAGCUGGCAACGCGGACAAGCUUCCAGCGCUCAAGGCAUUCCCAGCCCUCACCGUUACCGCUCCCGCGGGUGUGGUCAAGCCAGGUGACAAGCUCACCGUCAAGUCCGCCAAGGCUGUUGAUGCUAAGGCUGCCUACUUCAUCAACUCCCAGGGCAACGCCAAGGCCGACCUCACCGGCUCCGGCGCUGACUACACCGUCACCGUGCCCACCGGCAUGCCACCAACUGCGGGUGCUCAGCCUGGACAGGGCUACCUCGUGCUCACCAGCGACACGGCUGCUCCAACCGACGACAACAUCGUCGCCGGCCCAGCUGUUGUCCAGAUCGCCGACAACGAAUACGGCCUGCCAGCGGAGCACAAGGGCGGCUACGGCGGAUGGAACGGCGGCAGCUGGGAUGGCAAGCAAGGCCACUGGUAA